CUCUCCUGCUAUCUUCUACCCUUUCUCUCUUUUUUCUGUUGGUUUCCUGCAGAAUGGCUCGGUUUGGAGAUGACGUUCCUGGGCUUUUGGGACCAGGGGAGGGACUCGGAGGCUCGGAACGCAACAGGAGCCGCGAUGGAGCGGCGGUGUCCACAGGUGGCAUCUCGCCUGCCUUCAAGCAGACCAAAGCCCAGCGAGCCCGCACCAUGGCCCUGUACAACCCCAUCCCCGUACGCCAGAAUUGCUUCACAGUCAACAGAUCACUCUUCAUCUUUGGCGAGGAUAACGUUGUUCGAAAAUACGCCAAGAAGAUCAUUGAGUGGCCAUAUCCUUUUGAGUGA